AAAGUUUUGGACAACAAUUCAACAAAUCUUCCACCUUAGGUAAAUCAUCCAUUAUACAAGUAGAUAUUUCACAGCAUUGUGUUGACUUGUUCUUUCUGCAUUCCUACUAUCUGGUCUACUUACCGUGUAAAAAAUGCUACAACUCUCAAAUUCAAUUCAAUACUUAUUACUAUAACCCACAAAUUCAUUUGCAAAUCCAAACCAAAUCUAAAUAUAUACCCAGAUCAAUUUGGAACAAAAUCUUUCAAUCUUAAAUUUCCCAAAUGAAAAUGAAGCAAAAUCUUACAAUUUCUUCAACAUUCAUCCUCAUCUUCAUCUUCAUCACUCUUUCAGCUUCUGCAGAUAUUCCACUGGGUUCAUCUCUUUCAGCUUCAACCCCAAAUCAAACAUGGCCUUCUCCAAACAAAUCUUUCUCUCUCCGAUUUCUCCCAUUAAAUUCUUCCUCUUUCUCUCUCUCAAUCACCUAUGAUUCUCUUCCCAUUUGGUCUAUUUCCGCCGUCGCAGACUCCGCCGCAACUUUCUCGUUUCUCGCCAACGGGAAUCUCCGACUGCUUUCCGGCACCGGUAAUCUGUUGUGGCAGUCGAAUACUUCGAAUUCCGGCGUUACACAUGCUACCCUUGAUGAUUCUGGUAAUUUUUCCCUAAAAAAUCGGUCUAAUUCUGUUGUUUGGACUACUUUUGAUCAUCCCACUGAUACUAUUGUCCCAUCUCAGAAUUUUAAUGUUGGGAUGGUUUUGUCAUCUGGGUUGUAUUCAUUUACUUUGAAUAAAACUGGGAAUUUAACUUUACAGUGGAAUAAAGAUAUUGCUUAUUGGAGUUUAGGGUUGAAUGAUACUGUAAGUGCUAAUUUGAGUAACCCUAGAUUACAGCUUCAAUCAAUUGGGAUUUUGUCACUUUAUGAUGGUAAUUUAACUGGUUCUGUGAUUAUGGCUUAUGGGAGUGAUUAUGCUGAAUCUGGGGAUAUUUUGAGGUUUUUAAGGUUGGAUAAUGAUGGGAAUUUGAGGAUUUAUAGUUCUAGUAAAGGUAGUGGGAGUGCUACUGUGAGAUGGACUGCUGUUAGUGAUCAAUGUCAGGUUUUUGGGUAUUGUGGGAAUAUGGGAAUUUGUAGUUACAAUGAUACUAGUCCUGUGUGUGGUUGCCCGUCGGAGAAUUUCGUUUCCGUUGAUCCAAAUGAUAGUAGGAAAGGGUGUAAGUUGCGGAGGGAGAUUAAGGAUUGUCCUGGGAGUGUCGCGAUGUUGCAGAUGGAGCAUACUAAGUUCCUGACGUAUGCUCCUGAGACUUUGAAUGAUGUUUACUUUGUGGGUAUUUCGGCUUGUAGGGGCAAUUGUCUUUCGGGUAGUUCUUGUGUAGCUUCGACUACUUUAGCUGAUGGAUCGGGGCAGUGUUAUAUUAAGACAUCGAGUUUUGUAAGUGGAUAUGAGUCUGCAGCUCUACCUAGCACCUCGUAUGUUAAGGUUUGUUCCCCAGCCGAACCAAAUGCCGCUCCUUCCUCUGAGGACGGAGGAGGAAAGGAGAAGCUGCAAGGUUGGAUCAUUGCAGUGGUUGUUCUAGGUACCCUUGUUGGAUUGAUACUAUUAGAAGGAAGUCUGUGGUGGUGGUGCUGUAGAAAGAGUCCGAAGUUUGGAGGUUUGUCAGCUCAAUAUGCCCUUCUCGAGUAUGCAUCAGGUGCACCUGUACAGUUUUCAUACAAAGACCUCCAGCAAGCUACAAGGAACUUCAAGGAGAAGCUUGGUGCAGGAGGUUUUGGGGCGGUUUACAAGGGGAUCCUUGCCAAUAGAACUGUCGCUGCAGUGAAGCAGCUCGAGGGUAUUGAACAGGGGGAAAAACAAUUUAGAAUGGAGGUUGCUACCAUCAGUAGCACCCAUCAUUUGAAUUUGGUUAGGUUGAUAGGCUUUUGCUCUGAGGGGAAACAUAGGCUUUUGGUUUACGAGUUCAUGAAAAAUGGCUCUCUUGAUAGUUUCCUCUUUGCAACAGAGGAUGAAUCAGGAAGACUCCUAAGUUGGGAGCAUCGGUUCAACAUCGCCCUCGGAACUGCAAGAGGAAUUACUUAUCUUCAUGAGGAAUGUCGGGAUUGCAUUGUACACUGUGAUAUAAAGCCAGAAAACAUUCUCUUAGACGAUAACUACAAUGCCAAAGUUUCAGACUUUGGCCUUGCAAAGCUUGUAAACCCAAAAGACCAUAGAUAUCGCACCCUCACAAGUGUAAGAGGUACAAGAGGAUAUUUGGCACCUGAAUGGCUUGCCAAUCUUCCAAUAACUUCAAAAUCUGAUGUAUAUAGUUUUGGUAUGGUGUUGUUGGAGAUAGUGAGUGGCAGAAGAAACUUUGAAGUGUCAAACGAAACAGACAGGAAGAAGUUCUCUAUUUGGGCAUAUGAGGAGUUUGAGAAGGGAAAGGUGGGAAAUAUACUAGACAGGAGGCUUGCUGACUUUGCUGUGGAUAUGGAUCAAGUGACAAGAGCAAUUCAAGUUAGCUUUUGGUGUAUACAAGAGCAGCCAUCUCAAAGGCCUAUGAUGGGUAAAGUUGUGCAGAUGUUGGAAGGGAUUAUGGCGAUUGAAAAGCCUCCGGCCCCAAAGGCAGCCCCGGAAGGUUCAAUCAGCGGGACUAGCUUGAAUAUGAGUGGUAGUAUUAGCGCUCUUUCCACAUUUGCCACUUCAGCCCCUGGUCCCUCGUCAUCAUCCUCAUUCCAAACUCCUUUAGCUCAAUCUUCUAUGAGUGUGGAGAGGCAUACUUCAUCCCUUAUUUCUAGAGAGACAACCUCAUAAUCAAUGAGUGUUUUUGUUACUCGUGUAAGAUGUAUGACAGUAGUUAAAAUCCCAUUAUAACUUACGUUGUUGUAAAUUGUGGAAGUUCUGUAACUAUCCCUGUGUACGAGUUAAUUGCUCUGUUCGCUUUGUGUAAAUCUUGAACACAACCAAGUUGUGGAUGGGAUCAAUAUCAAAUUAUCAAUGGUAAUGCAUUAUAACUUGAAAACAGUUGUGCAAUUUUUCAAGUAGUACUACCUUCGUGUUUAUUUAAGUGUUAAACUUACCAAUUACCAAAUACGAACGUAUUUCUCUCCACCACAUUCAUUACUUUUAGGAAAAUUUGCGAGAAAGGACCUUUUAUAUUGACUUGUUUGUGAGAAAGGACCUUAUAUAUACAUAAAAUAAAAAUAACAGAUUAGGACCUUAUUUCAAAAAAAAAUAGUUGUGAGAUGAGAGCUUAUUCCAAAAAAAAAAAAUAUUUUGAGAUGGGAGCUUUUGAUGGAAUCUGGCCAUUUAACUACAAUUUCCCCCGUUGACUAUCACGUGCCACGAACGUAACAUUGAAAAAAACCACCUCCACCUCACCACCCCUUCCCCAACCCCUGCGUCCCCCCCCCCCCCCUCGCAUGAACGGCCACCCCUAUCCCCUCUUCGCCUUCCCCAAUAACCCCACCCCGUCCCCAUAGCCUCCCCUUAUUCCCUCUUCGUCACCCCUCCACCUAGAAGCCCCACCCUACCCAACCAACCAACCACCACACUCUAUCGAAACCUAGAAAACCACCUCAAAAACACUCCCUUAAAACCUAGAAAACCUGCCCUCCCUCGAAACCCAGAAAUCGAAGGACGUUUGUAGUAGGUUUCGAGAUGUAUCGGGGGUCAGUUUUAGAGCGUGUUCAAGGCUGGGUUCAGGAAUUUGGGGUGGUGGUGGUUAUGGUGGGGAUGGGGCUAGGUUCGAGGGUCGGAGUGGAAUUUUGGCGAGGUGGAGGGGGUUUUCGAGGGUCAGUGUGAGAUUUCGGCGAGGUGGGAGUGGUUUUCGGCGAGUUGGAAGUGGUUUUUGAGGGUUAAUAGCCAGAUUCCGUCGAAAGUUCCCAUCUCACAAAAUUUUUUUGAAACAAGGUGUCAAUCUGCACUAUUUUUUACAAGGUUCUUUCUCACAAACAAGUGACUAUGAAAGGUCCUUCCUUACAAAUUUUCAUAAACUAUUACCAUAAAAUCUUUCUUUUAUAAUAUUUUAAUACACAAGUGUUUCACUUACAUUUUAUUUUACUCAAGUCAAUUAAAUUGCAUAAAAUCAUACGUUGUUUGCCUUAAAAAAAAUAAAAAAUAAAAAAUAAAAAAAUCCUCUCUAAUGGACUAAAAAGCCCAUGCAUUCACUUUAAUAACUAGUGUAUUAAUUCACUAUAAUUUCAUCUUGUCAUAUAAUUGCAUCCUUCAUCAUCAAGCCUGAAGUUUCUGAACUUAUCUCUUUUCCCCUCUUUCUCUCUCCUCUCUACCCUUUCCAGUUUGGGUUGUUGAUUAAUGAGACUCAUUUCAUCCAAACUUUUGGUCGAUUUCUCCAUUGAAGCAGCUUCUAAGCAAAAUGGAUUCUGGGGAAACAAACUGCAUUCUUCCUGAUGAUCUGUUUGAGGGUAUCCUUUCAAGGUUGCCAGUGAAAGACUUAUUGCGUUUGCGAUGUGUCAGUAAGUCAUGGUGUGCCCUCAUUGACGAUUCUAUCUUCAUUUCGCUGCACCACCGUGCUCAAUAUGCCAUGUCCAAAGAAAAUGGGGAUGUGCCUCUCCUUCUUAUGAAGCGCGCACCUGAAAGUGUUAGCCCAACUUUACCUCCAAGCCAAUGGUAUCUUCUCUCUAAACAACAAGGGGAUGACAUUGUUUUGAAUUUGAAUUCUGAUCUAGAACGUGGUAAAAAUUCUAUUUUCGCAAUAGAUCCCUCAUGUAGAAUAGAUAAAGUUAUUUGUAGAGGCAGUGCAAAUGGCAUCAUUUGUCUUGAACUUUGGUGCAUCGGUCAAGAAUGGACGAGGGUUUGUAUUAGUUAUUGCUUAUGAAAUCCGGCCACAAGAGAUUUUAAGAUGAUGGCCUAUCCUGAUGCACCAGAUCUUGAUCUUCAACAUGGACGCAAUGUUGUGGUAGUUGGUUUUAUGUUUCAUUCAAUGUCUAAUGAUUUGAAGAUUCUGACUAAAACUUGUGUUGUGACAAAAGAUUAGCAUACGAUAUUUACUCUUUUAACACCAACUCUUGGAAGAGACUUGAGCCGCCAUUGUUAUUGGGUUGUCUUGGCGUUAUUCAACAUCCUGUUAUGGAUUCAUGCAUAAAUGGUGUUUAUUAUUGGAUUUCCCGAGUCAUAGGAAGUCAUUUGCACCCUAAGCUAGCUCAGCGUCACUUGUAUUGGGUCCUAUCAUUUAAUAUGAGCACUGAGCUUUUUAAAUUUUCUGAUCUUCCUCAAGUGGAUUGAGAUUAUUUAUCUGUUCCUAGUGACACAGAUUAUGAUACUGGGUUGUACAAGGAAUGUCUCGCAAUAUUUGUCACCCGCAGAUUCCGUCCUGAGUUAGUGGGUAGUUUUUACAUUUGGGUAGCCACUGAAUUUGAUGAUGACUUUGGAGUCACAUUGGCAUGGCAGUGUCUGUUCACUUCCAGACCAUUUCCUACACCUUAUGGUCCAAAUGUUAUGACUGCACGAAUGGAUGGUGAUCUGCUGCUCCACAUCGAUGGUGAUCAUCUGUGCGUUUAUAAUCCCGCAACAGACAAUAUCUCGAGUUUUAGUACAACAGUUGAAUUUUGUUUCAGCUAUGUUGCGAGUUUGUUCCCUUUAUUAAGGAGGGUUGUCCAGAAUUAAGCUCAUCUUUAUGUUGGUGGUUUCUUAGAACAUUUGUGGUUACUCUGGUUAGAGUAUGGAUUUGUUUCAAAUUG